UGUCCGGUUUGUAGUCAGAGGAGAACCUGCCUGUCCUCCCGCAGUCGAUACUAACGUGUUAUCUGAUCAGGUAUUGAUUCGUGAUCAGGUGUGUCAGAGGCUGGAUUCUCUCGUCUUCCUCCUCCUCCUCUUCUUCACCUUGACCUGUUUUCACCUGUGGUAGAAUCAUGCUGCGCGCGAGAGCGGCUGUGAGCCAGUCAUGGAGGGGGUUCAGAACGUUUCCUCGUGCAGCUGUGGAGGUGAAGAAUGAGCCGAUCCUUGGCUUCACAGAGGGCAGCGCAGAGAGGAAAGAGCUGCUGAAGGCCUUAGACAGUCUGAAGGACAAGACGGAGGAGAUCCCAUGUGUGGUCGGAGACGAACACGUGUGGACCAAAGACAUCAGAUAUCAGUUAUCUCCGUUCAAUCACUCGCAUAAAGUGGCAAAGUUCUGUUACGCUGAUAAGGAGCUGAUCAACAAGGCGAUUUUGGCAUCUGUGGCGGCAAGGAAAGAAUGGGACCUGAAGCCCAUCCAGGACCGAGCCCAGGUCCUCUUCAAGGCAGCCGACGUCAUCAGUGGACCCAAGAGAGCCGAGAUCCUCGCCAAGACCAUGAUUGGACAGGGUAAGACGGUGAUCCAGGCGGAGAUCGAUGCCGCUGCAGAGCUGAUCGACUUCUUCAGGUUUAACGCCAAACAUGCCGUUGAGCUGGAGAAACAGCAGCCGUUAGACGCUGAGGGGAGCACCAACACCAUGCUGUACCGCGGCCUGGAGGGGUUUGUAGCAGCUGUGGCUCCUUUUAACUUCACUGCCAUUGGUGGAAACCUGGCAGGUACGCCAGCUCUCAUGGGGAACGUGGUUCUGUGGAAGCCCAGCGACACUGCCAUGUCUGCCAGCUACGCUGUCUACAGAGUCCUGAGGGACUGUGGGCUCCCCCCAAACAUCAUCCAGUUCCUACCAGCUGAUGGUCCAGUGUUCGGAGACACUGUCACAUCUUCAGAACACCUGGCCGGCAUCAACUUCACCGGCAGCGUCCCGACGUUCAAGCGUCUCUGGAAGCAGGUGGCUCAGAACCUGGACACCUACAGGACGUUCCCUCGACUGGCAGGAGAGUGCGGAGGGAAGAACUUCCACUUUGUCCACAAGUCAGCAGAUGUGGAGAGCGUGGUGAAGGGGACGAUCCGCUCGGCCUUCGAGUACGGAGGUCAGAAGUGUUCGGCCUGCUCCAGGAUGUACGUCCCAGACAGCAUGUGGCCGCAGAUCAGAGGCCAGCUGCUGGACAUCCACCGCCAGCUCACAGUGGGAGACCCGGUCGAAGACUUCAGCACGUUCUUCUCGGCUGUGAUCGAUGAUAAGUCGUUUGCUCGGAUAAAGAAGUGGCUCGAUCACGCCAAGUCUUCGUCCAGCCUGAAGGUCAUCGCCGGGGGUAACUGUGACAACAGGAAGGGAUACUUUGUGGAGCCAACCAUCAUUGAGACCACAGACCCUCAGGACGCCAUCAUGAAGGAGGAGAUCUUCGGGCCCGUCCUCACAGUUUACGUUUACCCUGAGAACAACUACAAGGAGGUGCUGCAGCUGAUCGACAACACGUCGCCGUACGCUCUGACGGGAGCCGUGUUCGCUCAGGACAAGACUGUGAUCGACGAGGCAGCCAAAGCGCUGAGAAACGCUGCAGGGAACUACUACGUUAAUGAUAAAUCCACCGGCUCCAUCGUCGCUCAGCAGCCGUUUGGUGGCGCCAGAGCUUCAGGAACCAACGACAAACCUGGAGGUCCACACUACGUCCUGAGGUGGACGUCUCCGCAGGUGGUGAAGCAGACCCACGUCCCCCUCACAGACUGGAGGUACUCCUACAUGGGCUGAGCGCCGCUGCCUGCCGGUCCAAUCAGAGCCCAUCCUGCAUCAGCUGAUUCUCCUGCUGUGAAAUGAAAAGAGUGUUUGCACUGAAGCUGGACCUGAAUGUAUGUGAGCAGCAGAGCGGCGAGGAAGUCUUCCAUCCCGUCCUCCGCACACUUUGACCCGACUCUCUGUCUGCUGCUCGGUUCUUCAUCACUGAUGUUGGCGCUCAGCCACAAACUGUCUGCUCAUACUUUGAUCUUACCUGAAUCUAGUUCGUCUGUCACUUGAUCCGUUAGUCGAAAUAAUCUGCAGCAUUUUUGAUGAAUAACUGGAGUCAUUUUGUUCAAAGGUCAAAUGGAAAAAUUCACUGAUUAUGAAUCUUCCUGCUUUUGUUCGUCGUCUGUAAACUGAAUAUCUUUGUCGAGAAUAUCGAGGGAAAAUCUGACAGAUGGAUCUGAAAUGAAAAUAAUCUUAGACCCUCCAUCAAAUUCAAAUAAUAUUUUAGGUCAGUGUCCAAACAUGAAAAGAGUUCCUUUGUGUUGCGUCUCUGAACACAAAGCCUGUUAGUGUUUUAUAUUUGUUAGUCUAACGAUGAAACAAAUCAUUUUAUGGAUGUGUGUGUGAAACAGGUCGUGUUUCCUGUUUCCUUCUGACGUGUCAGAUUUUAGUGGCAGUAAAACUGUUACAGAAACAGGCAGCGGGUGAUUUUAAGCUGCGUCCUGCUGUGAUUUCACUUUCUGCUGCUUUGUCUUUAAUCAAACAGUUUAAUGUGUAUUUUCUGAAGAGUAUUUUGUAUUUUAAUCUGUCCUCAAACAAAAACAAAGGAUUUCUUCUAUUUUCAGAAUGUGCCUGCCUUAGAAACUCUGUAAAUUCAUUUUGGACAAUAAAGUAUUAAAUUAUUACGAUCUAAA